GUUGGGUGUGAAGGCAGAGGCUGGGGAGGUGCAGCUGGUAGGGAGAAGCGGACCGGUGGGGCAAGGGCAGCAGCAGGAUGUGAUGAGGGGCAGCGGUGGUGGUGUUGCUGGUCCGCUGGGUUGCUCGUUGCGGCCGUGUGUGGAGUGCGUGGACCUCACCAUCACCAGCAGCAGCAGCAGUAGCAGCAGCAGUGUCGGCAGUGACAGCAGUAGCAUGGAUGGUGGCACCGGUAACAGUAGCGGCAGGGAGGGUAAGAGCACCCGCAGCAGCAACAGUAGUAGUAGUAGUGAUGAUCAAGGCGAGCAGGGGGCGGAAGAGCAGCAGCAGCAGGAGGAGGUGACGGCAGAGGAGACGCGGCCACCACUACACGAGCAAGGCGGUGGUCACAGCGGCGGUGGUGGUGACAGUGGCGGCGAUAGACAACGUGACGAGCAGGAAUACGACAACAGAGGCGGAGGAGUAGGUGAAGGAGACGAAGGAGGCGGAGGAGGUGGUGUCGAUGAUGAUGUGGCGUACGGCGAUGAUGAGUUCGAAGUGGGUUAUGAUGGCGGCGGCGGCG